AUGUCAUCUGAUAUUUUUGGAGACUUCCAGCCCAGAAUAGUACAAAGCGGAGCGAGCCGAGCCCCCGGCGGCCCGGCGGCGGGGCAGGAGGGGGGUGAGGCCGAGCCGAAGGGGCGGCGGACGCCGGCGGCGAAAGAGUUCAAAGAACGCUGUUCUCAGUGUGCUGCUGUCUCUUGGGGUCUUACUGAUGAAGGCAAAUACUAUUGCACUUCUUGCCACAAUGUUACAGAAAGAUCUAGGGAAGUUAUAAACACUGGUGCUAUUCCUAAUACUAAAAUACAAGCCAUCAACCGGGGACUUAAAAGAAAACGAAAACUUGAGAAAGGCUGGGAUUGGUAUGUGUGUGAAGGUUUUCAGCACAUACUUUAUCAACAAGCAGAAGCUUUACAGACCCUUGGAGUAGGCCCAGAGUUAAAGAAUGAAGUUUUACAUAAUUUUUGGAAGCGCUACCUUCAGAAGAGCAAGCAGGCAUAUUGUAAAAAUCCAGUUUAUACCAGUAGAAGGAAAACUACGGUAUCAGAAGAUAAUCCAAGUCAUUCAGACUGGGAGAGUGAGCCUGAGCUGCUCAGUGACUUGAGCUGUGCUUCUUUUGUUGAAAGCGGAGCAGAAUCUCAGCCUGAUGUCCACACUCAGAAGCCUUUCCCCGUCAUCAAAGCAUCACAGUCAGAAACGGCAUCUAUCUGUUCUGGGUCUCUUGAUGGAGUCGAAUAUUCACUACGGAAGGAGAAGGGAAUUGUGAAGAUGACUGUGCCCCGGACACUGGCUUUUUGCUAUCUGUCUUUACUUUCAGAGACAAUUACUCUGUCAGAUUUUCUGAGAUUUGUUGAAGAGGAACAUAUUCCUUACAUAAAUGCUUUUCAGCAUUUUCCAGAAGAGAUGAAAUUAUAUGGGCGUGACAAAGGAAUCUUUGCUAUAGAGUCUUGGCCUAACUAUGAAGAUAUCUAUAAAAAAGUAAUUGAAGUUGCCACAUUUUUGGAUUUGCCGCGUUUUCCAGACAUAACUGAAGACUGCUAUCUUCAUCCAAACAUCUUGUGCAUGAAAUAUUUGAUGGAAGUCAAUCCCUGGUCUUUGUCUAAUAUUGCUGAGAAGUAUAAUGAAAAGAAUGAAGAAGAUAAGCCAUGGUUUGAUUUCAGAAAAUGGUACCAAGUUAUGAAGAAAGCUAUUGAUGAGAAAAAACACCACUGGGAGGAAGCCAGGGCAAAGUACCAAUGGAAAAGUGAAAAACCACUCUACCACUCAGCCAUUGACAGAUCAGUGGUGUAUAAAAGAAGAGAAAUGGUUGUGAGUCUACAAAAGCAAUUUAGCGCAUUGAUUGAUUCAACACCAACUGUUGAAAAAAAAAGUCCUUCAAGUUUUCAGUUGAACUGGACUGAAGAGGACGGUGAUAGAACUUGUUUCCAUGGACAUAGCCUGCAGGGAGUCCUGAAGCAGAAAGGCCAGUCCCUGACAACCAAGAAUUCCCUCUAUUGGCUGAGUACACAGAGAUUCUGUAAAAGCUAUUGUAAGCAUGUGACAACCUAUGAAGAAUCAAAUUUUUCUUUGAGUUAUCGGUUUAUACUAAACCUCUUCUCCUUCCUGCUAAGAAUAAAGACCUCCUUUCUCCAUGAGGAAGUGAGCUUAAUAGAAAAGAGACUUUUUAAAGCAAAAUACAGUACAACAAAAAAGAAAUCUUCAAGAUCCAGGAAAGCAAGAAAAUGCUGAGAAAAGUGAAAUGGGUACUCACUGGGGAAAAUAUUUCAGUAGUGACAGUAAUGUCAGAUUGUAAUAUAACA